CAAAAACUAGAAUUGAAAUGUUGAAGUUCUUCUUAAAGAGGUGAAUGUUGAAAUCAUCAUCGUCUCUCGUUGCGAAAUCGAUUCUGCGUCACCAAUGCAAAUCAAUGUCGGAGCUGUACAAAAUACACACCCUCCUGAUCACACUUGGUCUCUCCGAGGAAGAGCCUUUUGUUUCUCAAACUCUGUCUUUCUCUGCUUUGUCUUCAUCAGGCGACGUUGACUACGCUUACAAAUUCUUGUCAAAACUAUCUGAUCCUCCGAAUUACGGAUGGAAUUUCGUAAUACGAGGUUUCUCCAAUAGCAGAAACCCCGAGAAAUCGAUCAGCGUCUAUAUCCAGAUGUUGAGGUUCGGGUUAUUACCUGAUCAUAUGACUUAUCCGUUUCUUAUGAAGUCGAGUUCUCGUCUCUCGAACAGAAAACUUGGUGGGUCUUUGCAUUGCUCCGUGGUUAAAUCUGGGCUUGAGUGGGAUUUGUUCAUAUGUAAUACUCUUAUUCAUAUGUAUGGUUCGUUCCGAGACCAAGCUUCUGCGCGCAAGUUGUUCGAUGAAAUGCCUCAUAAGAACUUGGUUACUUGGAACUCUAUUUUAGAUGCGUAUGCCAAGAGCGGGGAUGUUGUUUCAGCAAGACUGGUGUUUGAUGAAAUGAGUGAGAGAGAUGUUGUGACUUGGAGUUCUAUGAUCGAUGGCUAUGUAAAAAGAGGUGAAUAUAACAAAGCGUUGGAAAUUUUCGAUCAGAUGAUGAGAAUGGGUUCAUCAAAGGCAAAUGAAGUCACUAUGGUUAGCGUUAUAUGCGCUUGUGCUCACUUGGGUGCGCUAAAUCGAGGAAAGACUGUACAUCGCUAUAUACUCGAUGUGCAUUUGCCGUUAACAGUUAUAUUGCAGACAUCUCUUAUUGAUAUGUAUGCGAAAUGCGGAUCGAUAGGAGACGCUUGGAGCGUGUUUUAUAGAGCAUCUGUUAAGGAAACAGAUGCCUUGAUGUGGAAUGCUAUCAUUGGAGGGCUUGCGAGUCACGGGUUCAUUAGAGAGUCGCUCCAACUGUUUCACAAAAUGCGAGAAUCAAAGAUUGACCCGGACGAGAUAACAUUCUUGUGCUUGCUUGCUGCUUGUUCCCAUGGCGGAUUAGUGAAAGAAGCGUGGCAUUUCUUCAAGAGUCUCAAGGAAAGUGGUGCGGAACCAAAGAGCGAGCAUUAUGCUUGUAUGGUUGAUGUGCUUUCCAGAGCUGGUCUAGUUAAAGACGCACAUGAUUUUAUAUCUGAAAUGCCGAUAAAACCGACGGGUUCAAUGUUGGGUGCUUUGCUUAACGGGUGUAUAAAUCACGGAAACUUGGAGCUUGCGGAAACAGUUGGAAAGAAGCUUAUAGAGUUGCAACCACAUAAUGAUGGACGAUAUGUCGGGCUAGCAAACGUUUAUGCGAUCAACAAGCAGUUUAGGGCAGCUCGGUCUAUGAGAGAAGCAAUGGAGAAGAAAGGAGUGAAGAAAAUUGCAGGGCACAGUAUACUUGAUUUGGAUGGAACACGACAUAGAUUCAUCGCUCAUGACAAAACACAUUUUCACUCCGACAAGAUCUAUGCAGUGUUACAGCUGACUGGAGCUUGGAUGAAUCUCGAUGUUGACUAUGAUGAUCAAGACAAUCAUUGUUUUUGUUCUUGACAACCACCACAAUGUUUGCAUAUAUAGUUUCCUAGAUAAAAGGUUUAGCUAAAUUAUGUUACGUGAUCAAACUUCAAAGAGUUAUAGAACAAUUCUGAUGGUUUGUGCAGUUGGCAAUAUAACCCAACUUUUAGUUCCAAAAACAUUACAAGUUUCAGCUGUGUUCAGAUAAUUUACUACUCAUUAUUUG